AUGGAUUCAACGAAACCGCAUACUAAGAAGAAAGUGAUAUUGAAACGUAAGUACAGUAGAGGAGGAUGUAAAGAAUGCAAACGAAGAAAGAUUAAAUGUGAUGAAGAGAAGCCGUUUUGUCAUAGUUGCACGAGAUUAAACAAGGUUUGUGUCUAUCAAAAACCGUCUUCGUCGUCUUCAUCCUCACUGAAAUUCCAAUUUGAAGAGCCUAAGAUUAUCCUCGUUGACGGAAGUUACCCUAAACAUGAAUGGCAUCGAGAUCGAAUAUCCAAUGGUACGGGAGAACCUACAGAACCCCUGUCGAAUGAACGACAAUCACACAACCUUCAACGUGCUUGGAAUAAUCUGCUGAUAGCCCUGGUACGACAGCAGCAAGACCUGCGUCAGAAUAGUCAACCUACCUCACUCAAGUUUUAUCAAGUCAAUCAUAGCAACAUCAGAACACCAAUAUCGUCAUCAAGGUCUCUACCGCCUGAGGAUGGUUCCAUAUCCAAUGCCGCCGAUCUCAAUUUAAUUCAUAGCGAAUUGGAUACAAGUGUGCAACAGCCAGCCCACCAACAAUCACAAGAGGAAUCCCGAGAACAGUCUCCACAUCAUUGCAAAAAAUACAAAAUAUCCGACGUGCUAUCACCGGAUAUUGAUUUCUUAAAUGAUUACAAUUGGGGAAGUAUCGCCCCGAAUGAAGUGCGAGACCUAUUUGGGGACGCAAACCUAUUAGUCCACGAUUCAUUGGAGAUAUUUGGUAUUGAUCAGUUCAAGCACUUUACUGACAUAGAUAAUGAGUAUAGACAGUUUAACAGAGAAACCGACUACUCCCACAGUGUGCAGAGUUCUGAAGAGUUACUGUCAAUACCAGAAUUCCCAAUAAAAGAACUUUCUUACAAGUCUGAAUCACAACCUAUUAUCCACCUUGGCUACAAAACUAGCAAAGAGUUGAUUGACUCAACGUUCCAAGAUAUGGAUUUAGCAGGUCCACAUGAAGUAUAUCUAAAUAAGUUGACGGAGACUGAAUUGGGAUACCAUUUGUUCCCAUUUGCUCAUGGUAUAGGUUCAAACGCAGUGUUGAAAAUACUAUUAAAGUAUCUGCAAGGAUGUUCAUACUUACUUACUGCAUUGUUAUCAAGUUCCGCAACCUUUCAAUUCAUUCAAAAUAGAAAACCAGUACACGAACAGAAUAGGUCGAAAUAUACUUCUAUUUGUUUGAAAUUACUUAGUGAUGCGUUUCCUAGACCAAAUGAAAAGCCCAACACAAUGGCCAACGAUAUUGAAAAGCUACUACUAACCAUAUUGAUUUUAACUUCGUGUUUCACUGCAACAGCUUAUUUCCAACAACAAGCAGACCCAAAAUCAACUAAAAUGCUCUCUUGGAAGACUCAUUUACGUGGGGUUAAAGAUUUGUUAUUGAAAUACUCCGAUCUUACUAAAUCUUCAAGUAGAGCAUACGUAUCGGAUGGAUUAGCGUUAGCCAAAAGUUGGUAUUUUUCAAUUGAAGCGUUGGCAGAAUUAAAUGAUCCCCUUGGUGGAACCCUACAUUACCUGAAGGAAAACAUCUCGCAAGAUGUGGAUAUUAUAGAAACGGAUGCCGAACAUGAUCAUUCGGAGUUGAGUCGAAUCUGGUUACAAACAGGGUAUUUUAGUCGAGAUAGAAAUGCAGAAUACCACGAUGCGCUCCUCAAGAUAAAUUUGCUCACAGCACAAUAUCCCAACUUAGUUCAAUUUAAUUUGUUCAAUGGGUAUAGCAUUAACGUUGUCUGCAUCAUUGAUGAAUUGGCUAAGUGUUUGGACUUGUUACGAGAACAUAAUAAUGUACAAGUGUCAGGUUUCAGAGUAGCUAAGGUUAUGUCCUUGAUUGCUCAAGGAAGAGAUAGCUUUAUUGUUCCCAUGGUUGAUAAAUCAACAUUUGAAAUACCCAAUGAAUCAAUCGGACAUCCAAAGUAUCAUAAGCUAGAUCGGAUUUCGUUUCCUGAAUCAUGCUAUGCUAAGGAGACUUUACAUGAUGGGAGAUUGGUGUGUUACUCGUGGUUUGAUUGGAGCGAACAAAUGCACAUUGAAUCAUUAGCGUUGAAAGUUUAUAUAACAAAGGGCAUUCUUCAAUUACCUAGAAACCAUCCCAUAGUAAAAGAGUUGAAAAAACAUAUAAUGCACUCAAUGUUUUUCAUAAAGGAAAAGCGACAGAGUGAAGACUACAGGAUGUAUCACAACGACAUUUACCUAGAACUGGAUCACUACUACAUUUCGAAAAGCUUGUUUGACGAAAGAGCACUAAUGGCACAAAGUACAUUUCGCCAGCUUUUGAAAGUAUCUUUGAAUAAUGACGAUUUUGAAAAGUUGACCUUAUAUUUCAAGGCGUUGGCCAAAUUGGGUAAUGGAAGCGCAUUGAUUGCUUUGGAGAGGGUUGACAAGUUGAAAUUGGUGCACGAAUCGAGAUUCAAGAGAGUAGUAAAGGGUGAUGGAGGCGAUGAAACGAUGGAAGGUAUCGAUAGUUUCGACGAUGAUCAAACAGACUUGGCGUUUAUACCGUAUUCAUAG